AUGGAAGAAAAGCCAAAAAAGCGCGGCCGUCAACCGAAGGCCGUAAAGGAAGAAAUUCCACUACAACCGAUUACGGAGAAUCCGAUCAAGCCGGAACUCGAUCUAGCAGUGCCGGUUGAACCACUGAAAGCGAAAGGUGGCAAACGGAAGGUAAAUGCUUCGGAAGCGGUCGUCAAAGAAAAGCCACCGCGAAAGCUAGCAACCGGCAAGAAAGUAAAGGCAACGGCGGAGCAAAGCAAUGGGGUGGAAAAAAAUGUUCCCGUCGAAGAGGAGAAGCCAAUGAUCGUGACAAAGACUGCACCAGCUAAAAAGGGUCGAACGACGCCGAAGAGCGCAGCAGCACCGGUGGAAACAACAAACGGAGCGGUGGCGGCUGUGACUGAAGACGCUGAAAGCAAUGGCUUGCCAGUAGAGACUCCGGCGGUGGAAAAGUCGGAACCGGUAAAGAAGAGUGGACGAUCGGUGAAGAAGGCAGCGGUUGUGGAGCAAUCCGAAGAAAACACUACCAGCAACACAAGCAGCCCGGUGGUCGAAGAAAAGAAAACGAAAGGCAAGAAAACGGUUGCCAAGGAUGCAACUAAGAAGGCAACAAAGGUUGAAAAGGCGGAGCCUGCUGAUUUACCGGAAAAACUGGUGGAAUCUCCAGUGGUGCCUACUAAACGUGGGAAAGCAAAGUCGAAUGCCACGAAGACUGUGGAGCCAGAGGUAUCAGCUAGUCCUCCAAAACCAAAAGGUCGUGGAAGAGGCAAAGAUAAAAUGGAUGAAACGACUGCUGCCAAAGAAACGGUAGAGGAGGAAAAAUCUCAGUCCAAGGCUGAACUUAUCACGGCUACUAAGCCGAAUGCCAGAGGCCGGAAGAAGGUUGCCUCUGUCGAGGAGAUCACUCCAGAAGUGACCACCUCCACAUCCGAAGCAAAGGCUGUAGAACCACAGCCAAAGCGCGGCAGAACUCGAAAGGCGAUUGUACCGAGCAAGGCUGAUGGAGAAGCAGAAGCUGGCCCCAGCAAGACCAAGAGAAAAGCAGCUACAGCUGAGGCAAGCAAUGGAGACAUUCCGACCGUAACGCAACGCAAAAGGACCAAAGCACCGGUCGACGAAGAAGAGGAACCUGAAGCGGUCCCAACCAAAGAAAAGAAAGCGAAAGUUGCUGCCGCACCAAAAAUGAACAAAUGUGCCACCGACUACGGUACCAUCAACUUUGCACUGGACGAAACCAAACCAUGGAACUAUAAAAUCUCCAGUUGGAACGUAGCCGGACUACGUGGCUGGAUCGGCAAAGGUGGGCUUGAGUUUAUCGAACACGAACAACCAGAUAUAUUGUGCGUGCAGGAAACAAAGUGUACCGAGGAUCAGCUUCCGGACGAAGCACGUCACAUCAAGGGCUACCAUCCCUACUGGCUGUGCAAACCGGGUGGAUACGCUGGCGUUGCAAUCUAUUCGAAAAAGAUGCCCAUCCACGUGGUGUACGGGUUGGGUGAUGAGGAACAGGAUCAGGACGGUCGACUCCUAACGGCAGAGUACGAAAAGUUUUACCUCGUUUGCGUGUACGUACCGAAUGCGGGGAAAAAGUUGGUCACACUGCCGAAGCGGAUGAGAUGGGAUGAAAAGUUUCACAAGUAUUUGCGCGAGCUGGACGCUAAAAAGCCGGUUAUACUUUGUGGCGAUAUGAACGUGGCGCACGAAGAGAUUGAUUUGGCCAACCCUAAGACCAAUCGCAAAAAUGCGGGCUUCACACAGGAGGAACGUGAUGGGAUGAGUCAUCUGUUGUCGCUUGGGUUUGUCGACACAUUCCGGAAGCUGUACCCCGACCGGAAGGAUGCGUACACGUUCUGGACCUAUAUGGGAGGAGCGCGGGCGAAGAAUGUCGGAUGGCGGCUGGACUAUUUCAUCACAUCCGAGCGGUUGGCGGAUAAGGUGACGGAUAAUGUAAUCCGGACGCAGGUGUACGGUAGUGACCAUUGUCCCGUGACGUUGUUUUUAAACAUUUGA